AUGGACUGCCUCAAGCGUGCCCGCGACAUCAAAGAGACUAUCAAGGACAACAUCGCGGUGCUGCAGCCCGUCGGGAAGACAACAGGAGGCCGCCGUCAGGCCGAGGAAGAUCCAGAAAACCAGCUCAUCAAGAACCUUCGCCAGGAAGAAAACAUGAAAUGGUGCGACAUUGCCAACUUGCUGAACGAAGAACGCCGUCAACGCGGCGAGGCCGCUAGCUUCACUGAAGCUGCUGUCUACAGCCGUUUCGUGCGCAAUGCUCCGCGCAUCGCUACUGCUGUAGGUGAGAUCGGCUUCGAUCCCAAAGACUACAUGCACCUACGUCAUCCAAACCAGUACAGUACCGCUCAGGGUACAGAGGCCAGCAGCAAGGUCGGCAAGAAGCGUGUCAAGAACUACGAAAAUGCGAAGGAGCUCGAGGCCAACAUGCGCAAGGAGAUCAAGGAGGACGAGCAUGAGGAUUUGGAGAUGGUCGAGAGGACAGAACAGCUCAUGGAUGCCGUAGCCAAAGUCGAGCGCAACUUCUGGAUCCUGGUUGCUGAUGAAAUGGAGCGCGCAACAACUAAACUCUACCCGCCGAAUGCACUAGCAAGCCGCUAUCAUUCAGUCUAG